GUUACACCAUUGUCAAAUCUUGAUCUCAAUAAUUAAUUAAAACUUCGACACCCACAACACAAAAACGUAUAUUCACUAUUCACCCCUUCGAAUGUUUCUUCUAAUCUCAGCUCUCCUCACACACCGCAGUCUUUCUUUCUUUCAAACGCUUUUCCGGUGAUCGGAGGCCAACAACUAUCAACUCCGGCGGGUGGCGCAGACAUGUAAGCUGAAAUCGUUUCUCAGAUCCGUGAGUCCUAUUUUUCCUCCAUUACAUGUGUAAAAGGUUUGAAAUAAAGACACAAAUUUAUGGUGUGCUCAAAUGAGAAGAACUGAUGUUAUUAGCAGUAGAAGGGGGAAGGUUUUUUUCUUCCUCAGCUUCAGGGUAUAGCAACGGGCUCAACCUUCUAUUUUUAGGUCAUAAAAAAGAGGAAAAACCCAUGAAAGUUACACCGUGGACCCAAUACCAUUUGGUGGACCAAGAACCCGACCCAAACCCAAACCCAAACCCAAACCCUAACCAACUGGCUGCCAAUAAGAACAACCGUUGUGGCUGCGGGUGCGCUUCCUUAGCCUGUUUCGGUCGCCCCGAUACCACCGCUGCCCGACCUGCCCGAGAAGUAGUGAAAACCGCUUCUGAUUUGGAAAAAAUUGAAGAAAACUUUGGUAACUUAGAUUGUGUGGAAAGCGAAGAGGGGAAUAGUAAUGGCAUAAACGUAAAUUCUCUUAAAAGUAGCUUGAAAAGACGAGGUGUGGGCGUGGGUGUGGGUGUGAGUGUUUCUGUUAGUAAUGAUGAUGAGGUGGGGCCCGUGGAAAAUGAAAGAAGGAGUGUGCAUUGGACAGAUGUUACGGGUGGAGAACUUUGUGCUAUUCGGGAAUUUGAGCCAAGCGAACACAGUGAUUCGGACGAUGAAUUUGAAAAUAGUAGCGGGAAAACAUGUGCGUGCAGGAUAAUGUAGUUUGAGAUUUUAGGUUUGUGUGGUGUGCUCUUUUUUUCACACCAAAAGAGAGAUUGAUUGGCACUUUUGAAGGAGUAAGUAAUGAAAAGCAAUGGUCACAUCAUGUCAACAUGCUGACAUGAUACAACUGUUGUAAAUGACACAAUGACUUUGUGUGUCUGAUUGGAUGUGACAGGUUUAGUCAUUGUUGUCAUUUACAGUGCAUAUGAUAUGGGUGUUGUAUCAUGUCUGCAUUAUGAUAUGGUGCUAACGAGUGAGUGAGUUCUUGCGAAUGUCUGUUUAUAUUCCAGUUUUGUUUUUGUUUUCGUUUGUUUUGUCGUAAUUAACGUGGUUUUAUUUAAUUUUGUGAUUUGGUGUUAAUUUUAGAAUUUUGAGGUUUUUUA